AUGCUCCUCACUGGCCCCCACGGAUGUGGAAAAACUGCCACCGUCUUCGCUGUCGCGAAAGAGUUAGGAUUUGAAGUUUUCGAGAUCAACCCCGGAAGUCGUCGAAGUGGCAAGGACGUCUUGGAGAAAAUAGGCGAUAUGACGGAGAAUCAUCUGGUCCAACGGCAGGCUCAAGAGCAUCCAAACCAAGCAGCGAUUGACUCGGACUCUGAACGCCUCACUGACGCCGUUCAGAAAGACAUCGAGAGCGGUCGACAGAAAAGCAUGAGUUCCUUCUUCAAGCCUGUGGCUCAAGCACAGGUAAAGCCCAAAGUGGUACAAAAGAAAGAAGUCGCAGCCAAGGCCACAGACAAGGAGGCGCAACCAACGCUCAUCAAGCCCAAAAAGAGCCAGAAGCAAUCGCUAAUCCUCCUAGAAGAAGUCGACGUUCUCUUCGAAGAUGAUAAAAAUUUCUGGCAAACAGUUGAGCAUCUUGCAAUGCAUUCAAGGAGACCUGUCAUAAUGACAUGCACGAAUGAAAGCCUGGUUCGUAUCAACCAAGACUCCUUGCAUGCCAAUCUAUACAUGUCUCCCGCGUCGACAGACUUGGCUACCGACUAUUUGCUCUUACUUGCGGCGAAGGAGGGCCAUCUGCUCUCUCGGCAGACUGUCUCAAGCCUUUACGAGAGUAAGGGUUACGAUCUGAGGGCCACCAUUAUGGAACUUGACUUUUGGUGCCAAAUGGCCGUAGGUGACCGAAAAGGUGGUUUGGAAUGGAUGUACCAACGAUGGCCCCCUGGAAAGGACGUUGACGAACACGGCCAAGUUCUCCGCGUGGCCAGCAAAGACACCUACCAGACGGGCAUGGGCUGGGUCGAGCGUGACGUACUGCUUGACAAGGACCACGUUGGAUUCGACAGGGAAUAUGAACUUACCCUCGAGCUGGUGGAAUCCUGGAACAUCGAGCCCGAGGUCUUGAGCUCUGUCCCCAUUCCUAACCAUCCAACGGACACUCAGCAAUCUCAUCGGGAGACGAAUCUUAAGGCUCUGCAAGACAUGGACCGCUUGCUUGAUCUUUCAAGUGCAGUGGAUAUGUAUUGCAGAGUCGACGUCCCAACACGCAGCAAGACCACAAUGGACCCCACACAGCCGUCGCUACCUGAAAAGGCUCGCACGAACUACAUUGACGGCUAUAGCUUCCUCCAAGCUGACACUAUGACUGAUUUCACCAAUCUCGACACUCAGCUGGCCGUGAGCUCGCAUCUAGCAGCCCGACGCUCCAUUGUUGCCUCCUCAAGCCUACCUGCAAGAGCACCCACCGCCUUUGACGAAUGCAAUAUCCCCAAAACCAUCCUUACUCACAUCGCAUCCUCUCGUCAAGCUCGAUCACUAUCGCGCAACGAUUUCUUCGUAUUUGACGCCCUGGCUGAGCCACCUACGGCCGCGCUCAGCAGCGUAGCCAGCGCCGGCAUGACUGCAUCUUCUUUCGAUCGCACCUUCCGCCUUCUGGCUGAGGAACUUGCGCCUUACGUACGCAGUAUCGCAUCGCACGAUCUUCGUCUCGAGAAUGAGCGAAUGCGUAUCAGCAGCAUGCUGAGCGCCGGCGGGAAGCCCAAGAGGCAACGGACGACGAGGGCAGCAAGGAGCGCUUUGGAGGGUGGACGGAGGGAGAACGCGCGAAGAGAGCGGUGGUUCGACAAGUCGUUGAACUUGGUUUCUGUUAUGAGGACCGCUGGGAGGGAGUGGGCGGGAUUGGGAUCGGUACCGGCGGGAGAGGAGAGGGAUGCCACGGAGACGGGGAGUACGAGAAGUAGAGAUGGAGAGGGUGGUGGUAGUGAUGCGGAGAUGGCGCUGUGA